AUGAAAGCCACACUGUUACUGUUGAUGACAAGCAUGUAUUUAGUGGACUCUAUUCCCCCACCGCACCCUGCAGUGGUUGCAGUUAGAGAGGAAGAAGAACAUCUGCCAACACACUUACGUAGCCCAGCACUGCACAACCCUCAUCUUCAGGAAAUACUACCUCUGACCAGUCUUCUACACAGUGGCGAAAAACCGGUAUACCACCGUGAGGCAGAUUCUGUGUCACGCAGGGAAAUCUACGAUAUUCUUACCCACGCUGGAUUAUUUCCUCGACAACCCGGACUCCCACCACCAUCAUAUUAUAACAAUCAACGUCACAACAAAUCGCGCGCUCAACAUGAAAUAACUAGCCCUCAACACUUUGAUGUACCAUUUUUAUCGAGUACAGAUUUACUGCAAUACUUGUAA